AUGGAGGUUGAGAAAGAAAGAAAGGAAAAGAGGAAAAUUGAAGAGGAUAGAGAUGAUUUGAAGGAACACUACAAAAAGGCACAGGUAUCCUUGAGAAGAGCGAAAAUAGGAGGGUCUUCAGAUCAGUUGCAGAAAGAGGUCCAAGAAAGAAAGGCUAGAGCUGAGUACUGGGAGAAGAAGUUUCAGGAGAUGCAAUCACGGAAUUUGGCAUUAGAAGAAGAGAACAAAGGGUUGAAGUCUAAAAUAAUUGAGCUUGGAAGAUCCCUUCGUUGGCAUCGCAACCAUGAUUCUACGGUCGAGUUAAAAGAGCUAAAGAGUAAAGUUGAAAAUUUGGAAGCGGCAUUGCAGGAAGGUAAACUUCAGAUCGAGCAACUCGAGACGCAAGGAGAUUAUCUAAAGGGAGAGCUUCAUCGGUUUAGAGGGCAGAUUAGAGAAAGGGAUCAUGUCAUGGGAGAAGCCAUAGCUCAGAUUCGAGAGGUUGCUGAAUAUGUGCAAGACUUGGCAGUACGAGCCGAUGUAUUGAGUAUGAUGUGUGGGUCGUCGUCAGACAUAUAA